AUGGCCUACCAAGGGUCUGGCGCGCAUGACCAUGCUCAUGACCAUGAGCAUUCAGGCCUCGAGGAGACUCGUCUGCAAGAUGUCCCAGCUUCAGAGUACCGCGAGGAUGAAGAUGCCUCCCGAGGUCUGCUGUCACAUCAACAAGGCCCCUUUGCGACUCCCUUCGAUGACCCACAGUCGCGAGGCCAUUCACCCGUUCGCCCCGCCUCGGGCUACAGUUUGACGGAAACUUACGCUACAGAUGCCGCGCCUGCUUACCACGACCCUUAUAACCCCGGACAAGAGAACCCCGCUGCUGCCUUUGGGGUACCGGGUCGCGCCACUUCUCCCUACGCUCGCAGUGAGACUUCUUCCACCGAGGCCUGGCGUCAGCGACAAGCUCCAGGUGGUGGAAAUGGUGGUGGUAACUUGCGCCGUUAUGCUACCCGUAAGGUCAAGCUGGUGCAGGGUUCCGUUCUCAGUGUCGAUUAUCCGGUGCCUAGCGCUAUUCAAAAUGCCAUUCAGGCCAAAUAUCGCAAUGAUCUUGAGGGAGGAAGUGAAGAGUUUACCCAUAUGCGAUAUACCGCGGCUACUUGCGAUCCUAAUGAAUUCACACUGCACAAUGGUUACAAUCUGCGCCCUGCCAUGUAUAACCGCCAUACCGAGCUUUUGAUCGCCAUCACCUAUUACAACGAGGAUAAGACCUUGACCGCUCGUACUUUGCACGGUGUGAUGCAGAAUAUUCGCGACAUUGUCAACAUCAAGAAGUCUGAGUUUUGGAACAAGGGUGGACCCGCUUGGCAAAAGAUCGUCGUUGCGCUUGUUUUCGACGGUAUCGACCCUUGCGAUAAAGAUGUUUUGGAUGUUCUGGCGACUGUUGGUGUGUACCAAGAUGGUAUCAUGAAACGUGAUGUCGACGGAAAGGAGACCGUGGCUCAUAUUUUCGAAUAUACAACCCAGUUAUCCGUCACACCCAGCCAGCAACUCAUUCGGCCCACGGAUGAUGGUCCCAGUACCCUUCCUCCCGUACAGAUGAUGUUCUGCCUGAAGCAAAAGAACAGCAAGAAAAUCAACUCCCACCGUUGGCUGUUUAACGCCUUUGGCCGUAUUUUGAAUCCCGAAAUCUGUAUUCUGCUGGAUGCAGGAACUAAGCCUGGUGCCAAGUCACUACUUUCCCUCUGGGAGGCUUUCUAUAACGAUAAGGAUCUUGGAGGUGCUUGUGGUGAGAUUCACGCCAUGUUGGGUAAGGGUUGGCGCAAUUUGGUCAACCCGCUGGUGGCUGGACAGAACUUCGAGUACAAGAUCAGUAAUAUCUUGGAUAAGCCACUCGAAAGUUCUUUUGGAUAUGUUAGUGUGCUGCCUGGUGCUUUCUCCGCAUACCGAUUCCGUGCGAUCAUGGGUCGUCCUUUGGAACAAUACUUCCACGGUGACCACACUUUGUCUAAGCAAUUGGGUAAGAAGGGUAUUGAAGGUAUGAACAUUUUCAAGAAGAACAUGUUCUUGGCCGAGGAUCGUAUCCUUUGCUUCGAGUUAGUCGCCAAAGCUGGCUCGAAAUGGCAUUUGUCCUAUGUCAAGGCCUCCAAGGCCGAGACUGAUGUCCCUGAAGGUGCUGCCGAGUUCAUCUCCCAGCGUCGUCGUUGGUUGAACGGUUCGUUCGCCGCCGGUAUUUAUUCGCUGAUGCAUUUUGGCCGAAUGUACAAGAGUGGACAUAACAUCGUCCGCAUGUUCUUCCUCCACAUCCAAAUGUUGUACAACAUCUUCAACACUAUCCUCACCUGGUUCUCCCUGGCCUCAUACUGGCUGACUACUACUGUUAUUAUCGACUUGGUCGGCACUCCGAGUGACCAUAACAGCCAUACUGCGUUCCCCUUCGGAAAGAAAGCUACACCCAUCAUCAACACGGUCAUCAAGUAUGUUUACUUGGGAUUCUUGCUGCUGCAAUUCAUCCUUGCCUUGGGUAACCGACCCAAGGGUUCCAAGUUCUCAUACUUGGCAUCGUUUGUUGUCUUUGGACUCAUCCAGCUUUACAUUGUUAUCGACUCAAUUUAUUUGGUCAUUCGCGCUUUCAGUGGAGGCGCUCCUAUGGACUUCACAACUGACCAGGGUGUAGGUGCUUUCCUCAAGUCAUUCUUUGGUUCUUCGGGGGCUGGUAUUAUUAUCAUUGCUCUCGCUGCUACCUUUGGUCUGUAUUUCGUCGCUUCCUUCAUGUAUGCCGAUCCAUGGCACAUGUUUACCUCCUUCCCUCAAUAUCUUGUCCUGCAAUCUUCCUACAUCAACAUUCUCAACGUCUAUGCGUUCAGCAACUGGCACGAUGUUUCCUGGGGUACCAAGGGUUCUGACAAGGCUGAUGCUCUGCCAUCUGCCACGACGACUAAGGAUGAAGGCAGUAAAGAUGCAGUCAUAGAGGAACCCGACAAACCACAAGCAGAUAUUGAUAGUCAGUUCGAGGCUACUGUAAAACGCGCCCUCACCCCCUUCGUUGCUCCUGAUGACCACGAAGAGAAGUCUCUGGAGGAUUCCUACAAGAGUUUCCGUACUCGCCUUGUUACCUUCUGGAUCUUCAGCAAUGCCUUCCUCGCUGUUUGCAUUACCAGCGAAGCAGUGGACAAGUUCGGAUUCACGAACACCGCUACUUCCCGUACCUCCCGUUUCUUCCAGGCCCUCUUGUGGUCCAACGCUGUCAUGGCUCUCUUCCGUUUCACCGGUGCCUGUUGGUUCCUGGGCCGUACUGGUAUCAAGUGCUGCUUUGCGCGCCGUUGA